UGGGGAUUUUUCUUUCAAGCUAUCUCUGAAGUCAAAGUUACAGGGAAGUUUCAAAAAGUCGACGGCGAGGGUAAGUGAGAAAUCGCAAAGAUCGAUUAGUAGGGUAUGGAUUGAGAUUACUUCGACAGAAUUUGGCGGAGACGGGGGAUUUAAUUUGGUCGCCGGGGAGUGCUUGUUGGUGGUGAUCCCGUCGGAAACAUAAUCUUCAAAUGGAAGAGAAUCAAUCAACCUCUAUGAAAGUCAAAGACGCUAUCCACAAAUUACUGCUUUCCUUACUCGACGGUAUCCAGAAUGAAGACCAGCUAUUUGCAGCUGGGUCAUUGAUGUCUCGGGGUGACUAUCAGGAUGUCGUGGUUGAACGCUCUAUUGCAAAGCUCUGUGGUUAUCCUCUCGGCAAGAAUUCUUUGCCUUCUGAUCAGCCUAGAAAUGGCAGGUACCGCAUUUCUCUUAAGGAACACAAAGUCUAUGACCAACAAGAGACGUACAGGUACUGCUCGUCCAGUUAUCUUGUUAACAGUCGAGCUUUUGGUGGGAGCUUGCAGGAAGAGCAAUCCAUGGUUCCGAAUCCAGCAAAACUCGCCGAGAUUUUGAGGCUGGUUGACAAAAUGAGCUUGGGUUCUGCUGAGGGUAUGGGUAAGAAUGGCGAUUUGGGAAUGUCGAACUUGAUGAUCCAGGAGAAAGCUGAAACCGUAACGGUAAUGGCGAAUUGGGGAAGCUAAAGUGCGCCUGCAAUACCCAGAAGUGUAUCCGCGCGGGAGGGAAGCAUAUCGAUCUUGACGAUGUCGGGAAGGACACAUACCACCAUACAUUCUUUGAGAUGCUGGGGAAUUGGUCGUUUGGCGAUUAUUUUAAGAAAGAGGCAAUUGAAUGGGUGAUGAGAAAGCUGGUCUAGCUCCUGAUAAUGAAGCGAGAGAUAUGUGGCACGAAUUGUUGCCGCCUGGAAGAGUGCUGCCAUUUGGUUGCAAGGACAAUUUUUGGGAGAUGGGUGAUACCGGUCCAUGUGGUCCUUGUACAAAAAUACAUUUCGAUAAGAUCG